UCCAUAGUAGCACCCUGGGUCUGGUGGACGACGACUCAGGAUUCUUCAAGCUGUGGUUUCUUGUUUCUCAAUAUUUUUUUCCUUGAAUUAUAACCGCAUACCAUCACUUGAACUAACCUUUCGCAUCAAACUCCGACAUGGCGGAUUCAUCGUUACUUUUCGACGACUUGUUUACGAUAACGAAUGUGGAUAAAGAUGGAAAGAAGUUCGACCGAGUUUCACGAUUGAAUGCAUCCUCGACAAAUCAUUCGAUGACCCUAGUACUAGACUUCAACGUUGAAUUAUACCCACUCAAAGUUGGAGAUUCGUUCGCACUGGCACUCUCUUCAAGUCUGACACCCGAAGGCGAGAAGGAUAGCGGGAUUGAAACUCAAAGUUGGAGGCUUGAAGAAGGGAAGGGUGGACUAGCCGACGAAUAUGAAUACGUCAUGUAUGGCAAACUCUACAAAUUUGACUCAGGUGCCUCAGAUUCUGUGACGGCUUACAUCUCAUUUGGUGGACUAUUGAUGGCUCUGACCGGUGAUUAUCGGCAUCUCGAUCGACUGACGGUCGGACAAAUGGUGUUUUUAUUGAUGAGAAGAUAGCCAAAAACAACGAAAAAUAUUGUUAAUGAAUGUAGUAAUAAUGAUCAAAAGAUAAGCGUAACUAGCCACCGGACACCUGAGAACCCUACCUGGGUACAACUAAAAGAUAGACUACCAGCAGACCGCGAAGCCACUGGCAAUCUACAGCUCUAAGGGUUUCUUUUCUUGGAAUAAGAUUGGUUUAAUUAAAUGUCCUAUGAUAUUGGAGGGCUACAGUUCAAUCGUGGAAAGCGGUUGAGAAGCUCAACUCAGACCUAGUAGUAGUCCCCAAAGCCAAACAAGAGACCGGUUUUGGUUACAGCAAAGACUCA